GCACUUACUUGAUACGUUACCUGGUUGUGAGCUCAGAGCCACAACCUCAUCACCUUUUCCAACAACAUCCAGAGGCGAGACUCAUUGUGUGGCACGGAGGGUCAAGGUUCUUUCGUGGGACUGCACUCAGGCCAACAUGGCGGUCACCAACUUCCACUACAUCACCCGCAUGAGCAGUGGCUUCAAAGUCUACAUUCUAGAAGGUCAGCCUCACCUGAGAAGUGAAGACCGAUACAGGCAUAUGACGAAUGAGCGGGCUCGAACCCCCGCAGUCUAUCCCAUCAAACGCAAGCGCAGCCAUGAAAGAUGCCUAACGCUGGAGGAAAAGUCACGGGAGCGGGUGCUGAGCAGAAGCAAUGGCAAAGCCGCCCAGAGAUUGGCACCGGCGGCGUUAAAUAGCCCUCAGAGUCCAACGUCGACUUGGAGCCCGUCCACCCAGUCCACCAGUCCUUAUGCGUACUACGCCCCCGUCAUGGACGAACCUCUUGCCCUCAUCAAGAAGCCGAGAAAGGAUUCUCAGAAUGCAGACGACAAGACUAAAAAACACACCAUGCACCAGUCAGAAUCCAGGUAACCAAUCCGUAUAUUCUAUGGAUCAUUUCAGGUGCGUCCCUCCGUGAUCACGUGUGCGUCCUCGCUGAGGAACCCGGCCUGCAGAUCUGAAGUCCACCAGAGCGAGUCACCAGUGAUCUCCAAAUGCAACUACGAACAUGUGGUGGAAGAACAUUUCCAGAGGAGCCUGGGAGCAAAUUACCAGAAGGCUCACGCCCAGCAGCUCUCCAUCAGCGUGUCGGUCGAUGACCACUUCGCCAAGGCCUUGGGAGAUAAGUGGCUGCAGAUUAAGUCCAAGUCUUCCUCCUGCUCAUCCACGCCCCUCAGCAGUCCGAGCACGACUCACUCCCCGGCCUAUAGGCCAAGCCCACAUCCGUCCCAUCAAGAGGCCACAGGCAACCCGUCGCCGACCUCCAGCCAUUGACUUUCUUCAUUUCACUUGUUGGGCAAAUCAAGACUUUCUAGGGGUGAUGUCCAAUUGGCCCGCGGUGUGUCUUCACAGAUGCAGACAAUUGUAGCAUCAACUGGGGUCAUCUUGUCUUGUUACAUUUCUUUCUUCAGCUUACUGAUAUCGAAAAAUAGAUGCUGGUAGAAUUGAAGAAGUGGCCAAAUAUUCCUUCACAUUUCCCUCUGGCAUUUCAUUGUAUGGUAUUUAUAUUAAUGUCAUUUAUGGUUUACCUGGCAGGCCUCUAUUUCAUGUACAUUAUUGCAAAGGCCUUGAAAGGCUUUGUAAAGUUUGGAGAAAAAUAAACAUGUAAAAAUGA